CAGGGACACGCUUACCCCUUCCUGAGGCUUCCUCCUCUUCGACUCCCGUUCGGCAUACCACAUACGUGGUCCCACGCACGCACCAGUACCCCCGACAGGCCUUCCAUGGAGAGCAACAAGGACGAGGCGCUCCGCUGUCUCGCCAUCGCGCAGCGGUACAGGGACUCGGGCAACUUCAGCGCCGCGCGGAAAUUCUGCCAGAAAUCAAACAGCCUGUUCGCCACGCCCGAGGCAGCCGGGCUCCUCGACUCGAUAGAGCGUGCUUCUGCUGCUGCUGACUCGUCGACCUCGAACGGCUCUGCGACGCCUGAGCCGUCCACGUCGUCUUCGUCUGCGUCUUCUCGGUCGCAGCCGGCGGGCUCGUCCUCGGCCACGGAGACGCAUCCGUCGGCGGGCGGGGCGAAGCACCGGCAUGCGCCUUCGUCGUCGUCGGCGACGACAAAUGGGACCGCGGGCGGUAUGGGUGGGGAGAAGCGGGAGUAUACGGCGGAGCAGGUCGCGGUUGUGAAGCGUGUGCGCGGGUGCAAGGUCACGGAGUACUACGAGAUUCUGGGUGUGAAGAAGGAGUGCGAGGAGGCGGAGAUCAAGAAGGCGUAUAGGAAGCUUGCGCUGGCUCUUCAUCCGGAUAAGAACGGGGCACCAGGGGCGGACGAGGCGUUCAAACUGGUUUCCAAAGCCUUCCAGGUUCUCUCAGAUCCUCAAAAACGCACCGCAUUCGACCAGCACGGCUCCGAUCCAGAAUCACGGUUCAGCGGCAUGUCGCCGCGCGGGUUCUCCAGCGGUGCGAGCCCAUUCGGCGGUGGCGGCGGCUCUUUCGAGGGCGAGAUCAGCCCCGAGGAUCUGUUCAACAUGUUUUUCGGCGGGGGCGGCGGUGGAUUUGGAGGUGGCGGAUUCGGCGGGGGCGGGUUCGGAGGGCCCGUCUUCAGCGCAUCUUUCGGCCCUGGCGGCUUCCGCACCACGCGUGUGCGCACAGGCGGCGCCGCGCGGGGUGCACCCCAGGGAGGCGGAGGCGGAGGAGCGCAAGAGGGCAACGCGCGUUCGCUGUUCAUGCAGCUCCUCCCGCUCAUCAUCCUCUUCUCGUUCUCGCUCCUCAGCGCGCUGCCCUCGCUCUUCAACACGUCCACGCCCGAGCCGAAGUUCUCGUGGACGCCGAACACGAAGUACAACGUCGAGCGGAGCACGCCCAACCUCGGCGUCAAGUACCACGUCAACGGGCCCGAGUUCCACAACCACCCGCACAUCGCGGCGGACCUCGCCGCGCAGGAGACUGGCACGCGUCAGAAACGCGGCAAGACGGCGCUGGGCAAGUUCGAGGACAAGGUGGAGGCGUACUACACGAACGACCAAUACGACCGGUGCCAGCGCGGGCUGCAGCGGCGCGAGCAGCGCAAGGAGCAGGAGAUCGGGUUCUUGGGGUUCAAUACCGACUGGGACAAGGUGCGCGAGAUCGAGGCGGAGAAGAUCGAGAGCUGCGAGGAGCUCAAGAGGCUUGGAAUAAUAUCGUCAUGACAUGACACGUAGGGUGUUUUAUAUACUUCAUGUUUGUUGCUGAUGCUGGCGUGUACACACAUUUUGUUUGCCUCUCAUCUUUACACCGCUGUUCCUCUCGAGUUCUCGUGCUGGGGGCUUGGGAGAGGAGACGUUUUUUGGACAUCGAUUAUGCGUUAUUGUCUAUUAAUUACUGACCUACUGGAUUGAUACGCGGCUUCCUACAUUUUCCACAAUCAUCAAUUAUCCUCA